GGCAAAUAAAUCAGUUAUUCAAUAUGUUCUCCUUCAUUCUUCUAGGAGUCCUAGCCACAGCUACCAGUAUUUCUGCCCAAGCAUGUACAAGUGCAGGGGAUCUUUGUCUCAAUAAGAACACUGGACUUACCAUUUGUACACCUUGCCCAGCUGGAACCAGUUGCACUCCCUUCAUAACAGCAGCUGGAACUGAAGGCAGCAGCUACUGUCAGUUUGAUGCUUGUCUGACUGAAGGAGCUUCAUGUGCAAACAGAGUUGGAGUCUGCUGUACAGGACUAACAUGUACAGCAGAUGGUACAGGAGAUAGGAAGUGUACUGCUCCUCCUACAACAACCACCACUACUACUACUACCACUACCACCACUACAACUACAACUACAACUUCUACAACUACUGCUACUGCUACAACAACAGUUGAUAGCAGUGAAGAAUCUGGAAGCUCUGAAUCUGAAAGCUCUGAAUCUGGAAGUUCUGAAUCUGGAAGCUCUGAAUCUGGAAGUAAAGAAGGCAAGGGCAAGAAAGGAAAGAAAGGAGGGAGAGGAGGACAUCGUCAUGGAUAGAUUAAAAAAUCAAUUUGAUCAAAUGAAUUAUUCAAGCAAUCAGAAUACCUUAAUUUGUGAAACUAAUUCGAAAAUAAAUAAUUAAAAAUUGA